CUCGAACUCCACCAGCUCCGGGAAGUUUCUAAUUUACGUAUUGCUCGUACAUGUAGAUUAGGGUUUUCUGCAAUAGGCAUCACUUGGAUCCGAUCAAAUCGAAUCAAUUCCUUCUUGGGUGCUACUAUUCAUGUUGUUGAUGGUGUUCAUGUUCACUAUUCGUAUGCAGGGUAGAUUUGAUCUUGUUAAUAGGUAGUUACAUCGUAGUCCUUAGGCAGGGUAUAUUGGUUCUUGCAUGAUAGGUAGUUACAUAUUCAUGAUGUUCAUAGGUAGGGUUUGUGUGUGAUGUUGAAGAGCUAGAUUGGUGUUGGUUUAGGCAUGGUUUGUUGCAUGAUUUCGUUACGUGCAUGGCAUUCAUGGUAGGUAGGACAAAUUUGCAUGCUCAUACACAUUGUAGGGACACUGUGUUCCCUUGUUGAGGUACUAUUACCAAUGUAGCAUGCUGCCAAAUGUGGAAGUGGUCACAACUUGCACUGCUAGUUUUAGGUCAUGAGCAUGAUGCUCACUGAUCAGUGGUUGUUGCCCUUGAGCAAGUGCCAUUGAUCAGUGACACUUGCUCUUCGGCAAGUGCCACUGAUCAUGUUUUGAAAACUGCACAAAUCAGUGGUUGUUGCCCAUGAGCAAGUGCCACUCAUCAGUGCCACUUGCUCUUCGGCACGUGCCACUGAUCGGUGCCUGAUCCCAAUGCCUUGUUACUAACCAUUGUCAUCUUACCUGACAAGGUGAUGAAGACAGAGUGGGACAGAGUCGGUCGAGGAGCUCAGGUCAUGGUCGGCGCCGAGGGCGUCAUGGACUUCAUCCCCACGAACCGCUAGCUCAAGAGGGUGGAUCUACCUGGCAAGGCCGCCUUCAUGAGCCAGCCGCAUCCAAGGGGACGAUGUCCAAGGACCGGCCACGAGGAGGGGUCCCGAGAGCCGUUGUGUUUCUACGUCCAGAUCAAGGACGAGGAGGAUCUCGCCAUGCUCGUCAUCCCACCGAAGUUCAAGGAGGUCAUGAAGCAGUGGCUGGUGAUCAAGCCCCCGCGCGUCGUCAGGCUGUCGGUCAACAAGUGGUGCGAGUCCUGGGUUCAGGUCCAGAACUACGAGGGGCGGAUGGUGCUUGACCGGGGCUCGCAGUACUUCUGCCGCCGCCACAGGAUCGUCCCCGGCGACCUCGUCGUCGUGCGAAUCUCCAGCCUGGGCUUCAAGGUGCAGAUCUACAACCACAACAGGGUGCGCUGCACCAACCACGGCUACGUCGGCAAAUUCUCCCGCGCUCUCUAUUAUAUAAGUACCCGGUCCUAGUAUAGAACUGUUAGUUUGUGGUCAUGGUGAUGGUGAUGGUUUGAACUAGUGCUGCAAACUUGUUAAUAUUUUGGCCAGGAUCGGCGCCCUGGUGUGAAGCAGGAGGCAUGGGAUGCCCCUACUGUCUUUAACGAUGGCCCUACUAUAUUAAUUAGCCUCUUAAUCUGCUUUUAUUUUCAUGUGCAUUGCUUGUUUUCAUUUUUGCCUCCCGUUUGUGCUGCUAAUGUGGUGGUAAGGCCGCCACAUUUGAAUGGGGUGAGCAGAACACAAACGUGUAUGCAGCCAAACAGCUGUGGUUUGCAUCUGCUCAGCCCUUAAGCAUAUAUGCAGACAGCCAAACACCCAGCCCUGAAGUGCUCAUUGAUGCAAUGCAGACAACCAAACAACAUGCAGAUGCUGAUUUGUUGCCUGUUUUUGCUCAACCGGGUUGGGUUGAGAUGUGUUUGAAAUGCAGGUAUUGUUUGAGAAGGCAGCCAAACACGCUCUUAAUCAUAUGAGUUACUUUGUAUUUUCUUGAAUCUUAGGUCCAAACCAGUGUAUCGGUAAUUGUUAUGAAUAUGAAUAAAAUUACCAGUGUUUCAAAAAAAAAAAGAACACGCUGCCCUCAAAAGGAAAAAGCUCGGUUACAGAAAUAUCAAACGCGGCGGUCGGAAUAAGAAGCGGCGGCGGAAGGCGAGCGAGGAACCCUAACCUAAACACCUGGCGCAGGGUACGUAUGCUCAGCAAAUUCUUCAAAAUCUUCACUUUUCCUAGUGGAGGCGGAGUCGGAAGUCCGAUGCCAGCCACGCGGUGGGGCUUCGUGGUCUUGACGGAGACGGACCCGGAACUCAGUCGCCGCACAUAUAUAAAUGCAAGAGAAGUCUUUCCUCCCAAAUCCCAAUCCACUGAUAAAAUUACGAGCACAGACGCAAACUCAGGCGAUUCGAGGCGAGGAUACGAAGAGAGCUUGAGAUCGGCGAUGGCAGCGGCGAUUCGGCAGGCGGCGAGGAGGUUGGCUGGCUUUGUUCUCCAGCGAACGAAAACGGAGGUGCCAAGGAGGCUCAUCCACGGCGGUCCGCCGGCAGCAGCCCCCUCUUCCCUCCGGCAUACUUCCUCUGGUGUUGAGGAAAUAGCAGUGCAUCAAGAUGGGAAGGCUUCUGCUUUGAGGGAAAUCAAGAAGAAGAGAGAAGAGUUGUUUGAUCUGAUUGCUGACACAGAAAGGCGAUACGACACCCGGCUUACCAAGGAAGGCUGUCAAAACACACGCAUGCUCCAGCAGCUUGCGGUGCAAAUCGAGCCUAGACCCAAUGACCCCUUGUGGCGGUCGAAGCGGUUUUCGAAGAGACUCAAUGAUUUUUUCUGGGGUUAGCCGGGGCUGUUAUAUCAUCCUAUAUGCUUACGCGUAAGUGGCUUCACUUGGACCAAGAGGCAGAUUCAAAAGAGCAGAAGAUCUAACUAGCAACAAUGGCUUCAGUUGGAGAAUGAGGCAGAAGAUCUAACUAGCUAUCUGGAAGUCAAAGUGUAAUUUCACUAGUAUAGAAAUGCUCGAGGAUGAAGUUAUUAGUGCUCUUUUUUGGGCAUUCUUCAGCUUUUGUACCAGCAACUGUGAAAAUUAGUUAUGCAUUUUUAUAUGGUUUUGGCUUCAGUUUCCUUUGA